AUGUCAGUCGAGAACGGCAGAAAUGAGAAAAAGCCCAGCGGUUUCACGCGGGGCGUCAACAGGUGCCUUCAGUUUUUGGAAGUUCCGGUUGGUGAGAGAGAAACGCUGAAUGUGCUGAGAAACCCAGAUUUGCAGCCUAUCCCUGUCAAAGACCAAACGUGGGGCAUUGCGUCGAACACUUGUUACUGGGGUAUCAUUUCGUUCAGCGUGGGUACGUGGAUUAGUGCCAACGCUGCGCUUUCCGUGGGGUUGUCGUACGCCGAAACCAUCGGCACAUUUAUCGUGGGUGACGUUGUCACAAUCGUCUUCACACUGGCGAACUCAUACCACGGAACAGACUGGAAAGUGGGCUACACGAUCGCGCAACGCCUGGUGUUUGGGAUCUACGGUUCUGGCUUGGGUAUAUUGGUGCGUUUCCUGAUGAGCAUAGUAAACUACGGGUCCAACGCGUGGUUGGGAGGUUUGUGUGUGAACAUGAUUCUGGAUUCGUGGUCGCAUCACUACUUUACUCUGGAAAACACCCUGUCCUCGAAUGUGGCGAUGACCACGAAAGAGGUGAUCGGGUUCAUGCUGUUCCACGUGAUCACCGCGCUUUUCUAUCUGAUGAAGCCCAAGAGCAUGAACUAUUUCCUGAUUGCAUCCUGCUCUGCUACGUGCGCUGCGAUGACCUGCAUGGUGAUCUACUUGUGCCACAAGAAUGGCGGGGUUGGAUCCUACUUCAGUGACCUGGAGACGACGGUCACGGGUUCUGACAGGUCGUGGGCUUGGGUUUACAUGGUUUCCUACUGGUUUGGUUCUGUGUCGCCCGGUUCUGUCAACCAAAGCGAUUACUCCAGGUUUGCCACUUCAAAGACCGCUGUUUACGUGGGCACCACUUUGGCCUUGCUGGUUCCCACCACGCUAAUUCCUGUGUAUGGUGUUAUUGGUGCUUCCACGUCACAAGAGCUUUAUGGCACUCCAUUCUGGAUGCCAAUGGACAUUUGCGAUUAUUGGUUGAGUGAUGGUUACUCUUCAGGUGCCCGGGCUGCCACUUUUUUCUGCGGUUUAGCCUUCCUGUGCUCGCAGAUUUCUUACACUAUCUCCAACUGUGGUUUUGCGGCGGGCAUGGAUCUAAGUGGUGUUCUGCCCAAAUAUAUUAACAUUUUCAGAGGAGCCAUCUUUUGCGCAGUUCUCAGUAUCGCCGUCCAGCCUUGGAACUUCUACAAUUCAUCCUCCACCUUCCUCACGGUGAUGUACUCAUUUGGUGUCAUCAUGACUCCGCUCAUUUCCGUUAUGAUUUGUGACAACUUUUUGGUGAGAAAGCGGAAUUACGCUAUUUCCCAAGCAUUCGUGGUUCAUGGUGAGUACUAUUACACUUGGGGUGUCAAUUGGCGUGCUAUGUUCGCUUUUACUUGUGGUAUGGCACCCGGUUUGCCAGGUUUGGCUGCUGAGGCCAACCCAAACAUUCAAGUUUCCCAGGGUAUCCUAAACUUCUACAUGGCUGACUCUUUCACAUCAUUCCUAAUUUCCUUCUUCGUAUACUGGAUACUAUGUUUGGUCUUCCCAGUCAAGAUCAAUAUCAAACAAGACGACAAGGAUUAUUACGGAGCAUUCACUGAUGAGCAAGCAAGGAAACGCGGAUUGAUCCCCUUCAGUGAGCUACAUGACAGUGAAGUCAACGAAUACGAUUAUCACCGUGGCGAGGAUGCCUUGCCACCUUACGACAGUGAUGGAAGCGUCGAGGCGGAUAAAGCACACGAGCAGGCCAGCACCGAGAAACUGGAGGAUAAAUAG